AAUGAAAGAAACUUGGUUUUGUAUUUCAUGAUUAGACCGGAAGGUGGAAAACCAAAUCGUAUUUCAUUUGCGUAAUAUAGUUUCCCACUUUGUUGCUAUCUAUAAAUAGUUUCCGUCCAGUGAGUACUGAGCAUCCAUCUCGUGAUCCUCAUUUCCCGGAUCUCCAAAACUCCGACCCGACCCAUUUACGCGACCCGAACCGGGUCAACCAGAACAAUGGAUAAGCCUACCUUCGUAAUCUCACCGAAAGAAGCUGAAUCCGCCGCGAAUCAACUCGGCGUCUCCGUCCUCCAGCUCCUCCCUUCGCUGGUCAACCCUGCGAAAUCCUUCGCCCGACCACCGAUCUCAAAAUUCCACGUCGGAGCCGUCGGACUCGGAUCGUCGGGUCGGAUCUUCCUAGGAGUCAAUGUCGAGUUCCCAGGCCUCCCUCUCCACCACUCCAUCCACGCCGAGCAGUUCCUCGUCACCAACCUCACCCUCAACGACGAGCGUCACCUCCGUCACUUCGCCGUCUCCGCCGCGCCGUGCGGACAUUGCCGCCAGUUCCUCCAAGAGAUCCGCGACGCGUCGGAGAUCAGGCUCGUGAUCACCGAUCCGAACGCCGCCGCGGCGGAUCCCGACGCCGAUUCAGACGGAUUCCUCCGCCUCGGGAGCAUCUUGCCGCACAGAUUCGGUCCCGAGGAUCUUCUCGAUAGAGACUUCCCUCUCAUCCUCGAGCGCCACGAUAACAACCUCGCGAUCUCGGAUCUCGAUCCGAUCUCCAACGGAAACGCCGCGGAGUUGAAACGUACGGCUCUGGCGGCGGCGAACAGAUCGUACGCGCCGUAUAGUUUGUGUCCGUCGGGUGUUGCGCUGGUGGAUUGCGACGGGAAAGUGUAUAGAGGUUGGUACAUGGAAUCGGCGGCGUAUAAUCCUAGCUUGGGGCCAGUACAGGCGGCGUUGGUGGAUUACAUUGCUAACGGAGGGGGAGGAGGUUACGAGAGAAUCGUCGGAGCUGUGCUUGUGGAGAAAGAAGACGCGGUUGUGCGGCAAGAGCACACGGCGAGGUUGCUUCUACAGAUGAUAUCGCCGAAAUGCGAUUUCAUUGUCUAUAAUUGCCAUUGACCUUUUGAGAUAACAUACACCAGAAAAAAGAAAAUAAAAAAACGAAUAUAAUAAAAAUAAAAUGGACUUUCUAUUCGUAAUUAUUUGGUAGCCCCCAAAUAAACAAAAAAAAAUAGUAAUUAUUGAAACUUAAAAGUUGAAAGCGAUGCCUUUGCUCUGAAUGAUGAAUGGAUGGUGAUGAGACGUAAGAGAAUAUAAGAAGACUGUUUUAUCUUAUUUGUAUUAUAUAUUAAUUAUUCGAAUACAUUAUUACGUUCUUCUGUACUCGGAAAAAUUAUAUUUGGUUAAUCAUC